CCUCCUCCCCAACGGCUCCUUCUUCAAAUCCUCCAUCCCUCCUCUUCACCUCAAACUCUUGACACCAACCAUCAGAAGAAUCUAGAUAAAAAGAAUCGUAAGGGAGAGGUGGAAGACAAUGGUGUACACCUACACGCCGACCUACUACUCUUCCUUCCAAGACACCAUCACCUCUCUGUGCAAAUCCAUCCUCCCCUUCUCCCUCCAGAAUCGGCGCCUCCCGCGGGACCAGAAGCUCGCCAAGCAUCAUUCCGACAACCUCAAAUGGCAGCAGGACUCCUUCCACCGGAUCCUCAACCUCAUCGGCCUCCACAAGGAAGGAAUCGUCCCCGAGAGCGACGUCACGGCUUUCCGAUCCCAUCUGCUCGAUACCCUCAUCGCCUCCCCGGCCCACCCGGAGCCUGUUAGUGUGAUCAGGGAUAAGCUGCUGUUCUUGCAGGAACUUUUCUAUGCCAAAUGCAUCACAGCCGAGGAGUACCAUUCCUCCAAGAGGCCUCUGCUGCAGAGGCUCGCCGUGCAAGGGGCGGAGAUCGAUUGCAGAGAUGUGAUCAUCAGCACCCCGGCUACAAGCUCAGAAGAGGAGUGGACGGUUAUAGAUCUCAGGGACAAAGAGCCCGCCAUGACAACCGAAAAGGCCAAGCAUAAAACCCCGAUAAGAUCUUUUAUCAGCAAUGUGGCCUCUCCAUGCAAAUUAUGGAGAGGGAAAGGGAAGGAGAAUUCUGUGAAUUUUUGGGAGAAGAAUCAAAAUGGCGAUAGAAGUUCGAUACUUAUGAUGCCCGAGAGCUCGCCGCUGGUCCCUGUCAAGUCUGAGACGACGAGGCGGAAGCCAUUCCAUGCACUAUUUCAGAGAGAACAACGGGACCAGAAUGAGAACAAGGACCCAUCCAUUCCUAGGCCUGAAGAGAGAGUGCCGAAAUCUUUGAAGAAGCAGUGGGGUCUUGAUGGGAUCAAGAAAUGGAAGAGAAAUAAUGCUGAAGAGGAUUCCACAACUGACCUGCCUCAUGGGGAGAGAUCAGAUGAUGCUUCAUCGGUUCCUUGCGUGCUCGUGGCCAGCCCGAUCGGAGAAGGCCCCGACACGAAGAGGAUAAAGAAAAAGAUGCACUCGGAUGGAUCCACCUCUGAUUUUUUCAUCGACAAGGUCUUGGGAGAGAACAUAAAGAAGGAGCUCUCUCGAAUCCAAUUGGAAUUAUGUGCAAAGGAUCCAAACCUUAGUUUCUCGGAUGAACAAAUCGAGGUAAUAUCGACAAGGCUUCCUGUUGACAAGGAAGAUCUGAACAAUUUCUUUCCAAGGUCAUGGUGCGACCGGUAUGGGGACAUUGUGCUCGAUGUCGUGAGGAAGGAGUUCAAGGAUCAUGUUGGUGAGAUGGAAAACCUGAGAAAUGCUUGCUGCAAGAGAGAAACAUGGCGAUGCGGAUAGAAGGGGGGUAGCUUUUGAAGAUAACAAUGAGUACUUUCACACCAAGCUCUGAGAAUUAGUCGCUGUUGCAUUGCAAAGUGAAGGAUAAAAGUGAUGAUUGUUUUGGAAAUCCCUUUCAUGACCAUCAGAAUCUUUUCAUCAUCUCUGUGGGAGGGAGAUUCAGAUGUUGUAGAUAUCAGGAGUUGGAUGGAUGUGUAAUAUGUUGUGAUAAUGAGUUGGCUUAGUUUAACUCUGUUUCAGAGGAGACUCGAAGUGCUGUUGGAUCUGUUGGUGGGAUGUAUAUAUGAUGGUUCUUUCAGGUCUAUUUGACAAUCUUAUCCUCAGUGAACUAAUAAAGCUCUGUAUGGUGGAGCUGCAUUUGGUGC